AUGUUUGCGCUGAUCAGCUUGGGGCUCGUUUUCUACACAAUCUAUCAAUUGUAUCAGUAUUUAUUUCCAUCACCCAAUAUCGAUCCACAUGGUAAAUACGUGCUAAUCAGUGGUUGUGAUACAGGCUUCGGCCAGACAUUGGCCAUUGAACUGGACCAACAAGGUUUCAAUGUUUUUGCUGGUGUUUACAAUCCAGACAGUAUGGUGUCACUCACCAAUCAACUCUCAUCUAGUGCCACCGUCUUCUGUCUUGAUAUAACUCAACCAUCACAAAUAAAUGCAGCCUUUGAAAUGGUCAGAGAAAAGACGAACACAUUGCAUGCACUUGUUAACAAUGCUGGAAUUGAUCAAGACGGAAUGAUCGACUGGAUCACAUUGGAUUUGAUGCGAAAUACGAUGGAUGUGAACUUUUUUGGACACGUCGCAAUGACCAAAACGUUUUUACCAUUACUUGUCAACAAACGAGACUCGCGCGUGAUCAACUUGUGUUCGGUAGCUGGUUAUUUGGCGGCACCAGGCAUGUCGUCUUAUUGCGCUUCAAAAUAUGCUCUCGAAUCAUUUUCUGAUUGUCUCCGUCGUGAAAUGCUUCCAUGGGGUUUACGUGUGAGCAUCAUCGAGCCAAGUUUCAUGCGAACACCUAUCCUCAAAGGACAUGUGCAGAGAAUGCGUGACAUGUGGAGUGGACUCUCGACCGACAUCAAAGAUCGAUGGGGCGAAGGAUUUCUCGAGGAUUUAAUAAAAAAAAGAUUGAAUAAUGUAUUCAUUCAAUAUGCUGAAAAUCCCAUUAAAGUGGUUCAUGCAGUUCGACAUGCCGUUAGCAGUACAGUUCCGCACAUUCGCUAUCGACCGGGUUGGCAAUCGAGUCUCUUAUUCUUCCCACUUUCCAUGGGUCCCGCUUGGCUGGUCGAUCAGUUUUUCAUGGACAAAGGCACGGAUCCAAGUGUUCUACCCGCCGGUGUGCGCACACAAAUAAAGGCGUAA